AUGUCGACCUGUCCAGCACCGUUUCUCUCACAAAGCGAUUUUCCAUCGACCGGCGGAUACGUUGGCGGACGCUUCUGUGGAGGGAUUGCGCCGGGGUUGGAUUGUUGUUUGCCGUGUCCGUUAGAGAAUUGGGUGUAUUCUGAAGAUUUCCCCCAUGUCCUCGGCGUAGGAAUCUGGUUCAAUGUCCCAGCUCUAGUCUGUCAAGUGCUCUUGCUCCUGACAUUCCUGGUCUUGCCGGAGGAAGUCAGUCAUCGGCACUAUCUGAGUGUUGGACUGUGCUUCAGUCUCAUUCUGUGCGAGCUCUCCUUCAUAAUCCCCCUCGGCACGAACCCCGAGAAAUGCUACAACGACAUCACCCCCAAGGACAUGCACAACGACAUGUCCUGCGCGUGGUCCGGCGCCUUCCUCGUCGCAGGCGCCAUGGGCGCCAUCGUAUGGGUCAUGCUGCGCUCCAUCUUCACGCACCUCCGCGUAUGCUGGGACUUCAAGAACCUGGAACUUUUCAAAUGGCUCGCGCUCGUCCUCGGAAUCGGGUUGCCAGGGCUCUUCCUGGCGCUGGAAAUCCCCUUGACAGGGGUAUCUUACAGGAUCAGCGGGACUUGUGUGCCGAAUCAGCCACAUGCGUAUGAGACGUGGCUGGGGUGGUUGAUUGCGUUUGCUGGGGUGGCGGCGGUGUUGCAGGUCACGACGACGUUGUUUUGUCUUUGGGUGUAUUUGAAAGACAUGGGGAGGGGCAGUGGUAAUCGAUCGUCCGGGGCAAGGAAUAGUAAUGUGAGGAAUAGUGGAGUCCCGGGCGAGACUGCGGUGAGCACUAAUGGUACUGCUGGGGGUGAAGAGAGGAGGGUGGCAUGGAAAAGAGUGAAGAGAAUUCUGAAGUUGCAGUGGAGAAGCGUACUCCUGUCCGUUCUGGUCUGCAUCGAGACGAUCUACUUCGGGAUUGUCUUCGUGCUGCAGAACAGCAGUGUGGGAGGCCUCUCAGAUGCGCAGAGGCAAGGCGUCGCGACGUGGGCGUUCUGUCUGGUCGUGAACAGGGGUGAUAAGAGCAAGUGUCCUGUUGUUACGAGAGUGCUGGGGUUGAGCGAAGAGCAAAUUACUGCUGCGUUCUACUUGGCGGCUCUUAUUGGCAUUGCGACCUUCUUCCUGAUGGUUCGUCGAUCCAUGCUGCAGGGCUGGUGGGAACUGAUCCGCAACCCUCGAAGUUUUGGCCGACGGCCGACUCUGGGCGAAGACGAUUUUGUGACUGUCGAAAGCCCGAAGAGGAAAUCUUUUGGGAGACCUUUGGAGUCCGAGAAGAUACCGACCAUCGAAACUAUGCUCUCUGGCACCACUCUCGGGGACACAGCGCAUCCGAUGCCAAAUCAUACCAUGCUGUCUCCAAUGUCGCCUGUGACGCCAGUAUCUCCCAUCGAGCCUGGAAUUCUGCCGGAACCUACUUCGCCAAACAAUUCGAGAAACCCGAGUGUGCCGCAAGCCGGCGACGUGACGAGACGGCAUGAAACCAUCAAUUGGUUCGACGCAGAUUAUAAGGAAGCUGAUAAGAGGGAAAGUAGGCGGGUCAGCAAGCUGGAUGAUAUAGCUUGA